AUGAAAAUAUCUAUUGGCGGGCCUGGUUCGUCCAAGUCAGGAAAGCGGUCGCUCAAAAAUAAGAAGAAGUUGAAACGAAAGCACAAGACUGACGAAAGUGAAAUCGCUCCUUUACCUUCAACUAGUACGAAGAACAAAGACAUUCGUCUCAAAAAGAAGGCUAAAAAGUUGAAAUCCGGACGAAUCCCUGAUGGUGAAACAGAAAGUAGCAUUGCAAAGUCCCAGGAUAGUGACGAUACCAAUGAUGAAGAGCUCUCAGAAGGAGCUGACGAUAAUAGCGGCGAUGGGGAUUUCUCAGAACUCUUUGGCGACGGUUCUGGUCAACAGCUCGAUUUUGACAUUGAAGCAUUUCCUAUGGAAGCCGACGAUCGCGACGGAAUCGUAAAUAUGCUCACACAGGUUUUUCUUCGAGCUGAUAUUGAUCUUCCAGCUUUUGCAGAUGCUCUGAUUGCCCAAAGUCCGUUUGGAAUCGUCAUUGGGCCAGCCGAAGAUCAGUGUGACGAUGAUAAUGAAAACGUUGUUUAUGGUGUUUUAACUGUCGCUGAGUUAAUUUCAUCGAAAGUGGAAACACCGAAGUUUGCAAAGGAUAUUAUGGAUUUCCUGGGGAAAAAAGCACAGAUGUUUGCAUUACCAGACUUCCGCAGUGCGCUCGAGACCUUAAAAACAAAGCGUACUGGUGUAUUUGUUAAUGAAAGGAUGUUGAACUUCCCUUCACAGAUUAUACCACCUUCUUUCAAUAGUAUAAGGUCUGACUACGAGCGCCUGAAGAAACCAUACCAAAGAAUUGUAUAUGUUCAUAAGUUGCGAAUCGCUGACCCAGAACCCGAAUCAACCGUGAAUAAAAAUGGUGAAGAAGAGCCGAUGAAAAAGAAGAAGAAGAUGGGAAAGGCUGAGAAGAAACGACUGGCUCAAAAGGCUCUGUUAGCCGCUGAAAUCAUUUAUGACAACGUGGAAGACGAGACCUUAGUUCAGCUAGAAGACGGUGAGGCUCACUUUUUCGACUAUCCUGUUCAUACGGAAAUAGAAAGUUCAAGUAAAUUCCACACCAUUCAUAAGGAUGGGAAGUCUUUUAAACCAUAUCGGCGAGUAGUGGUUAUGGACAGUCAACGGUUCAAAGCUUUUUUGGACCAUGUCAGCAGCUCAUUCUAA